ACAGCUGUUAUACACGGCUGACGCUAGCACAUGCCAUUCGUAUCAUUGAACGCGAACAUUCGCCUCAAAUCCGUUUGCUCGUUUUUUGCCUCGCACCUUUUCUCUUUCAGUCACCCAUUUGGCUCCACCAUUUCCUGCAGAGACGAGGGGCCGAGUGCAGACCUCCUACAUAUUCACCUUGUGUCCGAGAAAAGUUUAUUAUAUCUAAGCGCCAAUGGGCGCUUAUCGAAGCUGUGCCAGUCGCCGGAUCAUGCCGCGGAGCCGAUUCUCUGCUUCCUGCUGUGCAGAUAGCGUCUCCGUGCUUCCUACAGUCUGUCACAGCCAGGAUUAUAGACUGGCCUGUCCUAGCUCUCGUCUUCGAGCGCUCGUGAGUUCUGGGGGAUACCGGCUCCGUUAGAUCUCAGCUGAUAAGCCCACACGUUCUUCAGUUCCUAUCAUGGCAAGCCAGACUACCCUCCCUUCAUCACAGCCCGUUCCCGUCAUAAAUCAGCUUCCCUUCGAACUCCUAGCCAAGAUCUUCGUGCACAGUGCGCAGAAACCCGUCCAUCCCGUGAACGAAUGGUGUAUACCCAAGUACCCUCGCGAGACAUUGGUCGAAGCCGAUCUAUCUGGCACCCUGAACAUCGCCCGAGUCUGCCGCCAGUGGAGAAAUGUGGUGCUAGCUAUUCCCGAGCUGUGGAAGAUGAUCAAAAUUUCCACUGCAGAGGACGCUGUGACGUUCGCGGAGUCGCUCCCGCUCCCGCUACAUGUCCUAGGCAGAUCGCCGCCAUCCUCGGUGUUUUUAACACUCAUUUUUCGGCCGACGAAGGUCUUCACAGAGGCAGACGUCGGUCACAUUCCGGUCACACCAGAGAUCAAGAACAUAAAGGGGAUGGAUGUCCAGGGGGAUUCGCAUAUCCGCUCCUCAGCGCUCUUCGGCUGGAUGCACCAGUUUCCCAAUCUCACCCAUCUAUCGCUCAUCAACAUCCAUGUCGAUCAUGACGCUGUGUGUAUUCCCGAUCCCCUCCGCAGCCGUCUCACCCAUCUACAUGUCUACCUGUGGUUUGACUCCCAUGUGAACAGGUUCUUCGACAACCGCUUGUCGCCGAGCCUGAACCGUCCAUGGUCGAGCUUGACCUCGCUGACGGUAGAGAUGCCUAACUGGGUCCUUGAAAACCACAUUCUGCGUGCUAUACUAGCCCGUUCUCCGAAUCUCGUCGAGCUAUUCAUCGUCGCAGGCGAGGUAGACCCAGAUCAGAACUGGACGGCCACGUCGUCUCGCACAUUACGGACGUUCUCAUUUUGGGUAGAGGGAGCGUCUCUGGAAGAAAACGUUCUCGUAGCCCUCUUUGGCGCUCUUUCGUUCCCUUCCCUCUCCAACCUCAUCGUAACCGCUCCACCGCGAUGCGGAAACCUCGCGUUCAUAAGCCGCUUCCUUCGGCGAUCGAAGUGUCGUCUGUCGAGUCUUACCUUGACCAAUGUGAAAACGGAGGACUCUGAGUGGUUCGAGAACAGCGAAGUUCGUCGAGCCGCGGUUAGCAUCGGCGAAGAGUUUGCGAUUCCUUCCGUCGAAUUUGCCUUCACUACUGCGGAGACCCGUGUAUACCAAGCAUCCAAGGAGAGGUGGUAUGACUUGGACUCUUCCUGGCUAUAAAGCUGUAGCAUCCAGGAAGUGACUACGAUACGGUCGAAACGCAGAGUCACAGCAUCCUCAAAGAUGCAGACACAGAGAACGUGCCACUACUGGUCGUCGUGGAUCCUUUGGUUGAGUCCUCAUCACAUCAUCUAUCCCUGUACAACUGUGAUAUGGAUAAAUAAUCAUACGUAGCCAUCGUUUGCAAUUAUCCCAACGGAUGUACGUUU